AGAUUUUCAAAUGUUCAGCUCAAGUUCAAAGUCUGCCGAUAAUCUUGGCUCUUAUUCUGGAGCCGGCAACGCUACGGGAGCCGGGUUUUCUAUUGGGACAGGUUAUGGCUCAAGCUCAUCUCCUCCACAGUACUCUCAAUCGGCAUCGUCGACCGCAACGUACCGAGUGGAUCCCGCCGAGAUUGCCGUUAUGCUUUUUUGA